UACACUUUGAACAUCGACGACAAUGUCAGACAUCACCACUUUCCCUUCCGUCAACUCACCGUUGUCGGUGUUGAUAUUAGGUGCAGGAGGAAGGGAACACGCUCUUGCUUUUAAACUAGCCCAAUCCUCUCGGGUCACUCGUGUCUACGUCUGUCCAGGUAACGGAGGAACAGCUCUGAUGGGUGGAAAAGUAGUCAACUUGGCUCUACCCUGGGGUCCUGAAGAUGCUUUCAAAAGUGUGGUAUCUUGGGCAGAGGAGAAUGGUAUCGGUCUGGUCGUUCCUGGUCCCGAACAACCUUUGGUCGAUGGAGUAGAACUUGCUUUUCGUAAAGUCGGAAUCCCCGUGUUCGGUCCUUCACCCGCUGCGGCACUCUUGGAAGGUUCGAAAGCACUCUCCAAAUCCUUUAUGGCUCGUCAUUCCAUUCCCACAGCUUCUUUCCGUUCUUUCAUUUCAUCCCAAUUUUCAGAAGCUUCAGCAUUUAUCAAGUCAAAUCCCUUCCCUUCCGGCCGUUGCGUGAUCAAAGCAUCAGGUCUUGCGGCUGGAAAGGGUGUCCUGAUCCCAACCACCACAGAAGAAGCUUUGACAGCGUUGAAGAGUGUCAUGGUAGAUAAAGAAUUUGGAGAUGCAGGAGAUGAAGUUGUGAUCGAGGAAUAUUUGACAGGACCAGAGAUCAGCGUGUUGGCAUUUAGUGAUGGUUACACUAUCAUCCCUAUGCCCGCGGCUCAGGAUCAUAAACGGAUAGGGGAGGGUGAUACUGGACCCAAUACAGGUGGAAUGGGUGCAUACGCCCCGGCUCCAGUCGCCACACCGGAGAUCAUGUCGAGAUGUGUGAAGGAAGCUCUGGAACCUACUGUGAGGGGAAUGCGUGCGGAUGGCCACCCAUUCGUGGGUAUGCUGUUCACCGGCUUCAUGCUCACUCCGGACGGGCCGAAAGUCUUAGAAUACAACGUCCGAUUUGGCGAUCCAGAAACACAAGCGCUCAUGUUGCUUCUGGACGACGAAACGGAUUUAGCAGAUAUCAUGAUGGCAUGUGUUGAACGAAGAUUAGAUUCUGUCAAAUUAAAUUAUCGUCCAGGUUAUUCAGUCUCUGUCGUUCUCGCCUCUCAAGGUUAUCCAGGAAAAUAUAUCAAAGGACUUCCAAUCACCAUCCAACCUUCCUUACCUCCCAACGUUCACGUUUUUCACGCUGGUACAACCAUCUCCGAUUCUACAGGCGUAACCGAUGGCGGUCGAGUAUUAGCAAUUUGUGCAUCGGGACCAACACUUCGUGAAGCUGUUUCACUAGCAUAUCAAGGUGUUGAUCUUGUCGAUUUCCAAGGCAAAACAUAUCGUCGAGAUAUAGCUUAUAGAGCUCUUUCAAACGAACCAUCACUCUUACCACCAUCUUCUUCAUCCUCCACUCCCAAUUCCAAUUCCAACGUCAAAUCUUCCAUUCCCUUAACUUACGCCUCCGCUGGAGUUUCCGUAGACUCUGGGAACCUUUUGGUAGAAACUAUCAAACCCAUCGUCAAAGCCACCCGUCGACCAGGUGCUGAUGGUCUUAUCGGUGGAUUCGGUGGAUCUUUCGAUCUUUCCAAAGCUGGAUACAAAGAUCCGAUACUUGUAUCAGGUACAGAUGGUGUAGGUACCAAACUUCGACUAGCUUUAAAUUAUGGUAAACACACCACUGUCGGGAUAGACUUGGUAGCGAUGUCCGUCAAUGAUCUCAUCGUUCAAGGUGCCGAACCAUUAUAUUUCUUAGAUUAUUACGGCUGUGCAAAAUUAGACGUUCAAACUGCCGCAGAUGUCAUUACGGGAAUAGCGGAAGGUUGUCUUCAAGCUGGUUGUGCUUUGAUAGGUGGGGAAACCGCAGAGAUGCCAGGGAUGUAUCAUGGUGAUGAUUAUGAUUUAGCUGGUUUCGCUGUUGGUGCGGUGGAAAGAGAGUUAUUGUUACCUCAACCGGAUAUAAAAGAAGGGGAUGUGUUGAUCGGAUUGAGAUCUUCUGGACCUCAUUCGAAUGGGUUUUCAUUAAUCAGAAAAAUCAUCGAUUUAUCAGGUUUAUCAUUACAUUCAACUUGUCCUUGGAACGAAACUUUUCAAAUCUCUCAAUCUUCUUCAUCCUCCACUCUUCCCUCAUCCUCUAACCCCCCUUCUUCUUUUCCCUCUGCUUUCGCUUCCGGACUAGAAGAAGAAAAACCAAUAUCAAUCGGAGACGCACUUCUCACUCCAACGAAAAUAUACAUAAAACCUUUAUUACCAGGUAUACGUAAAGGUUUAUAUAAAGGUAUGUCACAUAUAACAGGAGGAGGUUUCACCGAAAAUAUACCUAGGAUAUUUUCCCCAGAAUCGGAAUUAGGUGUUGAGAUACAUUUAAAUUCAUGGGAAUUACCAAAUCUUUGGAAAUGGAUAAUGAAAGUUGGUAAUGUUCAACCUACUGAAUUAGUUAGGACUUUUAAUUGUGGAAUUGGGAUGGUCAUUGUUGUUGGGGAAGAUAAAGUUGAUGAAGCUUUGAAAAGUUUGAAAGAAGGUGGUGAAUCCGGUGUUAUCAUGGGGAAAGUCGUUAAGAAGAUGGGAGUGGAAUAUGUUGGUUUGGAAUCUUGGGCUUGAUGGUAGAGCGAAUAUCACCACACAUACUACACAUUACACGUCUCUUUUCUGUUAUCAUGUAUAUAUGUCUCUGG